AUAAACGGAGAGAGGCGAGGAGAACCCGGAGAACGGAACGGAACGGACAGAACACCUUAAAGCCAAAAAAAACCAAAGCAACAAAAGCGAACGAAGGAAGGAACAAAAGAGCGAACCAGAAGACUCGAGAGGGAGAAAGACAGAGGGAAAGGGAACACAACAAAGAACACAAAACAGAAGCAAAAUAAAAUAGAGCUGAAAAAGUUAGAGGAGGAGGAGAAAAUGACAACGAAACAACCAAGAAAAGUUGCCCCCGAUGGCGGCUGGGGUUGGGUUGCCUGUUUUGGCGUUAGUUUGGUCAACCUCGCCACACGCUCCAUAGAGCCAUCGUUUGGUCUGCUUUUUGGCGACACCCUCAAAGAUCUCAAUGUGGGCACCACUGGGGCGGCUGUGAUUAUCAGUGCGCUGGACGUCUGCAUGAAUUUCUCAGGACUAUUUGUCGGCCCUCUGCUGAAGGAGUUCUCCUACAGAAAGGUGGCCAUUGCCGGCUCCUUGCUGUGCGGCCUCGGUCUGGCCCUCACAUCCCCCGCCACGAGCAUGGCCCACAUUCUGAGCACCUACUCGGUGAUUAAUGGCAUUGGUGUGGGCCUCUCCACAUCGGCGGCAUUUGUUGCAUUGAAUCAUUACUUCAAGCACAAGCGAGGACAGGCGGUGGGUCUCUCGAUGGCUGGCACAGCCAUUGGCAUGUUGAUCAUGCCGCAGCUGGUGCGGAUACUGCUGGAGGCGUAUGACUUCCAGGGCGCCGUCCUGCUGCUGGCGGGUGUGGCUCUAAAUGCCACUGUCGGUUCGGUGCUGCUGCAGCCGGUGAAGUGGCACAUGAAGGAGGAGUUCGAUGAUGAGGAGCUGAUGUGCAUAUCGGCGUUGCCGACACCCCAGCCCCAACUGACAAUAGGGGGCGGUGGUGUGGCUGCGUCGGCGGCCUCCCCGCCCGACUUUAAAGUUAUCAAAGAGGAUGGGAACGAGGAGGAUGCUCUGCCAGAGAUGAACACCCUGCUGUUCCACAAGCAUCAUGCCCACCAGCAUUCGAUGCGCAAAAACUACUCGGAGAUGGCCAUGAACACAAUGAAUGGCUCUCGCCUGGGCAUUCCCAAGCGUCCCACCUUUCCGCGGAUCAUGUCCCUGGCAGGUGUACAGUCGGCGGCCCAUGGGGCCGGUGCCGAUGGCGCCUAUACCUCGCAGGCGGAGAUCAAUGCCACGCAGCUGCGCUGUCGCAAGGCCUCGGUUACCUCGAACCUCUCCUACAUGGACUUCACCGGCUCCAUACUGCAAGUGCACCUCAACACCGGCGACGAUGAGUUUGAGCAGAAUGACCGCGAGCUGCGACGCGUUGGCACCGCCACCGGCAGCAUUGUCCUGGGCGGACAUCGCGAUAGUUUUAUCAAAAUGAAGCCCACGGAGCUGGACAAGCAGACGGAGGCCGCUGCCGAUGAGGAGGCAAAAAAGAAUAAACCCAAAAAGCCUGGCUUCUGGCGCCGGUUUGCCGAUCUCCUGGACAUUGACAUGCUCAAGGACAAGAUGUUUCUCAAUCUCCUGUUCGGCCUGUCCAUCUUCUAUGUGGCCGAAAUGAACUUCAAGAUGGUGACGCCCUUCUUUUUUGCCAAUCUGGGCUACCAAAAGACCGAUGUGGCUUUCUGCCUGUCAAUCACAGCCAUCACGGAUAUUGCAGCACGAAUUGUCUUGCCGCCGAUCUUCGAUAGGACCACAAUCAGGAAGCGUACCAUUUUCCUAGUUUCCAUCAUAUUUGUGGCUCUAACACGUUCAAUUAUGGCAGAGCAAACGGAUUGGACCCAGCUCAUGAUUUGGUUAUCGAUUUGUGGCUUCUUCCGUGGCUCGGCAUUGAGCAAUUUCACGCUCACCGUCUCCGAGUAUUGUUCGCUGGAGAAGCUGCCAUCGGCCUUUGGCUGGCACUUGGUCGGCAAGGCACUGUUUGUGAUAUCAUUUGGGCCACUGAUUGGUCUCAUUCGUGAUUUGACUGACAGCUAUCCCAUUUGCAUACACACCCAGAGCUUUUGCAUUAUGCUGUGCGCCUUCGCCUGGGGCAUUGAGUAUUUGGUGGAGUUCCUCAACGCUCGCCGUCGCACUGCAGAUGCCGCACAGGUGCCCACGCAGGAGACAGCCGCAGCAGCGCCUGCGCGGACGACGCAUGAUGUGAAGUUGUAAAUCGAAGCUGGGGAAGGAGCAAGACAAAGAAGGAUUAGAUAUGAGCAACUAUAUUUAUAAGGAAGACAAGGCUCGCUCGCUUGCUGUAGGGACCUACACUUUAGAGAGGGGAUUCCGUACCCUGAAUAACACCCCCCCUGUACCCACAAAAUGUAUUAAAAACGUAGUUAAUUUUUUUUUUGUUCUUUUGUUUUCUAAAUGAUUUAGUGGAUAAGAAAUUAUGAUUUAUUUUGAAUUUCUGCCCCCCCCCCCCCUACAUUUAUUUCUAAUUUCCUGUCUGCCUUCUGAUUUCUGUUCUUUCGUUUUUGUCGUUUAUUUAGUGAACUUGUAUGUGAUAGUUCAAAGAUAGUUUCUAAUUUAGCUGAUAAGCAACAAAAUUACACCAUAAAUACACACACACAUGUACGAGAGUAGAAAGUAUCCUGCAACUAAAUUUAUCAGAUAAUAUAUAUUUACAUACAUGGUCCGAAGCAAAGGCAAUGAGAAUCAAAGUAGAGAGAGUAUUGAUGGGCUUGAAAAUGUACCUUAGGGAAUGAAAGAAAUUGUGUAGCCGUUGUACGAGAAAUAACCCACUCAUCACUUAUCCAAGGACCAAUUGUGAGUGUUUUUUCCGCCAAUUUGAUAUAAAUAUAUACUACGUAGAGAGAAUAAAUAUUUAAACAGAACGACAUCGUUUAAAUUAUGUUGCCAAUCAAAAUGCCAGAGUAUAACCCUUAUAUCGAUAAAAAAAAAAAAUAAAAUAAAACAAAAACGAUGGUUCCUUGUGCUUGUAAGAUCAAUGAGAAAAACACAAACAAAUUAUAUUUUGAUGCGAGAGCCUUAUAAAUGUGCCCAAAACCUUUAUUAUAUAGUAGGUAUUUUCAUGCCCAUUUAGAUCUAAGUCAGUUUGUAGGCCAUUUCCCAACCUGUUUGAUAACUUAUUUCGAGUAAAUUUCCAAACAUUUUCAAAUGCAAGUUUGACCGAAAAUUAAGUCCAACAAAUCAAGUAGUUCAUUUCGUACAGAGAAAAGAUCAGGCAACUCCCACAACAUACAUUUGGUGCAGAAAUGAAUGUUUAACCAUAAAAAAAAUGGUAAUUUGUGCAUCACACAAAACUGUCUACAGGCAAUCCCUACAACUACACGACAACACCACUCUGCCGCCACCUAGCGACUACAUAGGGAAAAAUAUAUGAUGUAAAAUAUUAAAGAAAUGUUACCACAUGGUGGCUACUACAUAGAGGUGACGGUGACUGUUCUAGUGGUUUCAGUGCACGGUUUCAAUCAAACAGUUAAACCGUAAUUAUUCAUAUGCUUUUGUUGCGGAA